AUGCAGCUUUUCAAUGUGCUCCAAAUAUCACCGGGGUGUGAUUCGCCUGGCCUAAGCGAUCGGGACAGAUUCCCUUACUUUACCCGCAUGAGCCCAUCGGAUCGAUACAAGGUCAUUGCCAUCUACGAAGUCAUGAGAAUGCUGAACUUCCAGCGGGUGAGUGCCGAAUUGCUGCAACGGGAUUUGGAGAACGGCACGUACCCCUGGACGCUUCUCGUUGAUGCAACGGUCACCAACAUGGACGAGGGAAGGAAGCUCGUGAAGGACCUCAAGAAGUAUGACUCUCGCAUCAACAUGUUUGCAAUGCCGGAGUUCACGGGCAUGCCGUUGCUUUGCGAGUUCUUCCUGGCAGGCAUGCUUCCCCCGGAGUACGUUUGGUUCAUUGCCGCUUUCGACAAUUGGGUGCCAAAUAUCACCGCAUCCUUUGCUGGCACCGAUGGCUGCAAUUGCACGGCCGAGCAGUUGCACCAGGUGUCCUAUGGCCUCAUUGUCAGUGGGCGAGGACCCAUUCAGGAAGACAUUGCCACCCAAUACUUUGCGGAAUGCCAGGCGUUCGGUGCCGGACAGGGGGCAUGUAAUGCCUUGUGGUCUGGCUACUUCUAUGAUGGCUUGUGGCAUUUUGCCACGCUUCUGCAUACGUACUUGGUUGUGCAGAACCAUUCCAUUGCAGACUUAGGAACCCCAUCAUCACGUCAAGCGCUCUACGAGCUGUCCCUACGUCAAGACUACAUGGGUUUGACAGGACCCGUUCGGCAGUUCAACAGCAUAGAGCCUACCACAAACCCUCCGUCGUAUGGAGACCGAGAUGGGCUCAUGCUUCUUCGCCAGAUGGCCGGUGACAUCGGCAACGAAUUUGUUGACGUGGCACUCCGCACGAGUGCGAACAUCAACUUCCUCACCGAUCUGCGUUGGAGUCCGCUGGACAGCACCAAGAGAGUACCUUGCAGUGUGGGAGGGUCUUGUGACAUUGCGGCAGCUUGGAUUCCAAGCGACAGGAUAGACCAAUGUCCACCAGGGACUGUUUUCUCUGUGGCGCUAGGCUGCGUCGCAUGCCUCCCCGGCAAAUAUGCCAACUCCAAUAUGACGGAAUGUGAGUCAUGCGGCAGUGGGACGUUUGCGAAUGAGACAGGGCAGGGGACGUGCACCCCGUGUCCUCCAGGAACUUUCAGCAAUGCACUCGGCGCAGAACAGUGUGAGCUUUGCGGCCAGGGCUUUUAUGCAAACACUUCGUCCUCGACAUCAUGCACGAAAUGUGAUCUUAACACGUAUGCAUCCGACAAGGGCCUGGAGUCAUGCAAGGGCUUGGAGUGCGACGGCAGUGACGCAGCCUCGCUCAAGUAUGGAUUCUUCGCUGAUCCUGAUGACCCCUUCAACGUCUUUGCGUGCAUUCCUUUCGAGCAUUGCCCCGGCGGAAAACCCGGGACUUGUGCCGGAGGACGCUUGGGAACGGCAUGCUCCGAAUGUCCGUUGGGGCAGUCCUGGCAGACAGACACCUGUGCGGACUGUACCCCGUUCAGCUUAGUGGGCUGGAUAGUGGCCGGCAUGGUCGCCAUGUGCGGCAUUCCGAUGGCAUACUACUUCAUGAACACGAAGCAGACCUCGAAGGCCACCACGAUGCUGGCAACGUCUUGUGGGGUUGGCAUGACCAUCAACAUGUUGCAAAGCAUCGGCAUCGUCGGCUUCAUAUCAUUCUCAUGGCCACCGGCCUUGCAGUGGCUAUUUGGCUUGAUGAGCAUCUUCACCUUGGAUCUGCAAGCCAUCGGCUUCGACUGCGUUUCCUCCAACCCAGUCUUGGGCUACGUGUCAAUCGUCAGUGCUUUGCCAGCCGCAUUGACUUGGCUUCUACUCUUCAGCCUUCUCAGCAAAGUAUUUCUUCCGGCCAAAUACAAAGUACAGUCGGCUCCGAUGCUGAGCACCAUGGGCCAGUUCUUCCAAGUCAGCUUCACAAUCUACAGCAAGAUCGCGCUGUCGCCGAUGAUGUGCUUUUCGCACCCGAACGGAAAGACCGGCCUACUUGAGAACAAUGCCAUCUUUUGUUGGGAGAGCCCGGAGCACACGAGGAUGUUCAUUGCCGGACUUUGUACCAUCGCCUUGCUGGCAAGCUUCUACUCGACAGCGAUUUGGUGCACUGUCAGCGCGCCCCGGAUGGCAGCAUCUGGCAGCGCAUGGUUCAUGGCAGCUACGAAGUUCCUUCUCUUCCGCUUCCGCACGGACUCGUGGUGGUACGGUACGUUCUUGCUCCCGCGUGGCCUCGCCCUCUCAAUGUCAAUCGUCGUGGCCGCUGACAACCCGUACAUACAGAUGAUUCUUAUCAUCUCCGUCAUCCUGACAUACAUGUUGGUGCAGCUGAUCACCUGGCCCUGGAAGCUCCCGGCCCUCAACGCCUUCGACGCCAUCGUGUCAUCGGCGAUGCUCAUGAUGAUGGCCAUCCUAGGGGCUUUCGCGCCUCCCCUGGACGACUUCCUGAAGGGCCAGCUCACAGACUUCGUCAUCGGAAUUGUCAUGUUCUUGAAUUGUGUGGUCGUGGUGAUGCUUUGCGUCGCCGCCUUCGGCCUUGUGAGAUUGAAUACGAUGGGCGGCUCACAGGAAAAUUGGCUCUUGGCGCUGGGCGCGAUCCCGGGACCCAACCUUCUCAGCCAAAAGCUGAUGGUGCUGUCCCACAAGCUACAGGAUUUGUGGUUUAGGGUUUAG